AUUUUUGCAGGUGAGGCAUUAGGGGUGAAUGUGACCAGCCAGACCCAGAUGGUGAGAGGCACAGUGGGGAAAGAGGCCUUAUUUUCUGUCAGCUACGCCAGCAGCAGCUCAGACAAGCCAGUCAUUAAGUGGCAGCUGAAGAGGGGUAAAGAGAAACCCGUCACUGUCGUGCAGUCCAUCGGAAUCGACAUUAUAGGAAACCUGAGGCCAGAGUACCGCAACCGUGUCCUGGUGUUUGAAAAUGGCUCGCUGCUGCUUCACAACCUGAGGCUGUCUGAUGAAGGCGCAUAUGAAGUGGUCUCCAUCACGGACGACACCUUCACUGGCGAGCACGACAUUGAGCUCACUGUGGAUGUUCCCGUGUCCAAACCUUACAUCCAGAUGGUGGCCUCGUCUGUCCUGGAGUACAGUGAGAACUUCAACCUGCACUGUUCUCAUGAUAACGGCACAAAGCCUGUCUACGCUUGGCUGAAGGGAGAUAAAAUUCUAGCCAACGACUCACGUCUCCUACUGUCACAUGACCAAAAGGUGUUGACCAUCUUACGGGUGCUGAUGGCAGAUGAUGACAUUUACAUGUGCACGGUGGAAAACCCCAUCAGCAGCAUGAAGAGCACACCUGUCAGGCUCACUGUCUACAGACGGAGCUCGCUGUACAUCAUCCUGUCCACUGGAGGCAUUUUCCUCCUCAUCACCCUGGUUACUGUGUGCGCCUGUUGGAAACCAUCCAAGAAGAAGCGUCAGCCUGUCCCCCAAAGACCUCCAAUGUAUGUGGAGCAAAGUGAAAAUGGCCAUGAUGUUGAUGUUGUACCCAAACCCACCACACUUAGUCGAAGGAGUCCGAUGCCUCUUUAUGUUCUCAAUGAAGAUGAGACUCUUGAACGUUUAGAAGAAUGUUCCAGCAGUGCUGUCAGCCAAUCAGAAAUGAGUAUCCCUGCGACCUAUGCCCCAAUCCACCCCCUUUCCUCCAGCAGAACUGAGAGGCCCGUCUGGUCUGCCCCCCGUCGCUACCCCCGCAGCCCCUCUCCUCUCGCACAGCCCAUCCCACAGGCCUCGGUGGCUCCUCCUCUUCACCCUGUCCGUUCCCCUGCUCACUCCCCUGGCUCAUCUCCACACAGUUUCUCCCCAAUACGAAAGGCCCGUCCGCCUGUGGGAAUCCCAGCCAGCCACCUUCCUGUUGAAACAGCAGAAGGUCCAGAGACCAGCGAGCCGACCCACGGUGCAUCUCAGCAUUGACAAUUACUCACUGUUCUCAUCUCAGCACUCCUCAGAUUCUUCUACUGUGUCCAUAUUCUGUCAUGCUAAGAUGAUGCACAGUGUGUGUGUGUGUGAGAGAGGUGAACUUCAUCAUGUAGCAUAUCACACAUAUGUAAUGCUGAGAAAGUGAAAAGCAAACAUUUUCUAGCUUCAUUAUGCAUUUUGAAUCCUGGCAAUUUUAGAAUUUUACUGGAAACUUUUGAUAAGCAUUUGUACAUACUGCAUAUAAUUUAAUAGUUUUAAGUUGUGAUGAUUAUUGUGUCUUUAUUGUUUUCCUCUGUCUCUCUCUCUGUUUUUAACCUGAGUGUAUUCCGCAUUGUCAUAAUUUCAGAAAAUUAAAAAAACAAAAAACUAAAAACCUGUU